AUGGCUCUAUCCAAUACUUGCAGCAAUCUUUAUUCAUAUUAUCGAGCUAUAGGAUGUAUCUGUAACCAUGUACCCUAUACGAUUCAAAUUAAAGGUGGUGAACAUUUUGUCAUUACCUCGAUUGGGAAAACGUUUCACUUUUACGACGUACAGCUAUAUUCUUUAAUGAGCUUUACUUUUUAUCUUCCUAGCGAUAUCGAAUGUCUUACAGUUAACCCUGACCUAAUUUUUGUUGCCUGCUCUAAAGAGAUCUUCUCUUUUCAUCGCACAGAAAAACGCAAUUCCUUUAUUGGCCACUUAGGAAGGAUUCAUUCCCUUGUUACAUUCGGAGAAUUUCUAUUAUCAAUUGAUGAGAGGAGCAACGUUAAAAUUUGGUUUAUCGAAACUGCAGAGCUUUACACAGAGUUUCAGUUUAAUAAUCAAGAAUUUCGUGUCACUUGUGCUAUGCACCCAAAUACCUACUUAAACAAAGUUUUACUAGGCUGCCAACAAGGCAUGCUGCAAUUAUGGAACAUAAAAACUCACAAGCUUGUGUAUACUUUUCGUGGCUGGUCAUCAUCUGUGUUAACCACUGUACAGGCUCCAGCUAUAGAUACUGUAGCUAUCGGUCUUGCAAACGGUUCCUGCAUCCUUCACAAUCUAAAAUUAGACAAAACUUUAAUGAAAUUUAAGCAAGAUUCGGGCCCAAUCACUUCCAUAUCAUUUAGAACAGAUGGAGUUCCAAUUAUGGCCACCUCCAGUCCAUCUGGAUACGUAUCGUUUUGGAAUCUAAAUGAACGAACGCUUUCAUCUACCUUACGAAAUGCUCAUGGAGGACUUUGUAAGGUAGAUUUCGUAGCAGCUCAGCCUUUACUUAUUUCCGGUGGUUCUGAUAACACACUCAAAGUAUGGGUCUUUGACAAAUCCGAUGAAAGCGCUAGGAUGUUAAUAUGUCGUUCGGGACAUUGUAGACCACCUAAUAGAGCGCGAUUUUACGGCAAUUCCAGUCAAUUAAUUAUAAGCUCAGAUGCAACUGGUUCUCUAAGAAUUUCUUCCGUUGUUAAUGAUGCCUACGCUCACGAAUUAUCGAAAGGAUACGGCAAUGAAAAAAGGAUUGAAGUUAGAAAUGCCAACAUACCACAAAUAACGGCCUUCGCGUCAGAUUCUGCUAGAGAAAAAGAGUGGGAUAGUAUCGUAUCAUGUCACCUCGGUAGAGCUGCAGCUCUUAUGUGGAGCUUUCGUAACAAAAGUAUUGGCAAGCACAGGUUACGACCACCAUCGGAUCAACUGGAAAACAAUGGUCUAACAACUGCUACCGCUGUAACCAUCACGAGUUGUGGAAAUUUCGCUAUUGUAGGACUAUCUACUGGCUAUGUAAAUAAAUUUAAUAUACAAUCGGGCCAAUACAGAGGCUCUUACGGAAAUCCGAAAGCUCAUGCAGAUUCCGUGCAAUGCAUUCUUAAUGAUGCCUGUAAUCGUCAUUUAAUAACUGGUGGCUCUGAUAAAAUACUACAGUGUUGGAAUUUACACAGCCGUACCCAAGUUAGUUUAGUCACAUUUAACACCCCUGUAAGUCUUGGAACGAUACACAAAGAGAGCUGCCUUGUCGCAAUCGCAUGUGAAGAUUUUACCUGCUACGUUGUUGAUAUCGACAUGAUGAGAAUCAUCAGAUCCUUUUCUGGACAUGAAAACUGCAUAACAGAUUUGGCGCUAAGUUUUGACUCUCGAUGGUUAACGACAUCUUCGGUAGACGGAUCAAUUAGAACAUGGGAUAUACCAUCGGCAAGGCUAAUCGACACAUUUCAGCUAGAAUCACCAGUGACAAGUCUCUGUUUUUCUUCUACUGGAGAAUAUUUGGUUAUAACACUUGCAGACAGUGUCGGAUUGCAUCUUUGGUCAAGUAAAAUUAUUUAUUCUUCAGUACCGUUUCUCUCGAUAUCGCCGACAUCUAUGGAGCUGAAAGAUCAUGCUUCACUACAAAGCUUGCAAUCUUAUAUUUCAGAAAAAACUGUGAUCAUCGACAAUACUGACCAUCAGAUUAAGCAUGUCGGCGCUAGACAUAAUAAUGAGCCUAGUAACCUCAUCACGUUAUCCCAAUUGCCUCAUACACAUUGGAGAAACAUAACAAACCUGGAAGUCAUUCGUCAACGUAAUAAGCCGAAGGAACAGGAUGUAACAGUGAAGCCAGUGCCUUUUUUUCUACGUCACAGUAAAAGCCCCAAGACAGAUCCUACCAAGUCAGAAUCUGAGGUAUCAGUAAUAUUUUCAAGAUGUUUGCAAGAGACUUUAACUCUAUAUCCGAAGAUUCGAAAGAGUAUAUUAGGUUCUGAUGGUAUUAGCAUCAUGAAAUCUCUGGGACCAUCAGCUAUAGACUUUGAAAUCCGCAUGUUAGGACCGGAUACUGGAGGAAGCCAUGACUUACUCGGAAGCUUUAUGUUACUUUGUGAAGACCUACUUAAAACUGGAAAUGAUUACGAAAUCGUGCAGUCAUAUUUGUCGCUAUUCUUACAGGUUCAUAUGAAGACAAUUACCGACAAUCAGAUUUUACGCAAUCAAGCAAAGUGUCUUCUUGAGGCAAUUAAUCAAACUUGGCCCACGACAGCGAAACUACUGGAUGAAAAUUUAUGCCUUGUUUCUUACUGUAAAAAUCUCGUACUAUAG